CGAAAUUCGCUUGUCAUGCAUUUUUCUAUCGUAUAGUCCUGGUAUAAAAUUGUUUCGAUUGUUUUUUGUUCGUUUGGUAUUAUUUAUGGCUUGAGUUGUGUGUUUUUCCUUUGUUUACAUUUGGCGCACGAACGCAAAGUAUUGAAUGUCAAAUGACAUUACUUCAAGUGUGCUUUUGGUGACCGGUUCGAUUCAUAUUUCAGUCCGGGAUAAAUAUUUUUUUUUUCGCCGAAAAAUGCAAAGUGUCUGAGUUUUGUUGCCACUCUUCUAAAUCAAACAAACUAAAGGAGAUAAAAAAGCAGAAAAUUGUAUUGUGUCAGUCGUGAAAAAUAUUUGAAAAGACUCAGUUGUUUAAUUUGAUAGCGCGACAAAAUGGAAAACAACGAAAUUAUAAUAACGCAUCUUGUGAAUCCACAUUACUUCUACUUUCGAUGGGCGAAAGAUGAAUGUCACGAUGAAGAGUUAAGUAUAAUGGAAAAGAAGAUUGAAAGCAUCGCCACAAAAACGGAUGUAAAUUCCAACGUUUCUGAUGGGAAUUCUGCGACAUCAACAAAUACGAUCGUUUCAACGUCGUCAGAUCCAAUCAUCAAGGUUGGCGAUGUAGUUGGUGUAUUUGUUCCGUACUUCCAUAAAUAUAUACGUGCGGCGGUUAGAGAGGCCAACGUCAAUGGUCAUUAUAGCGUAUGGGCUAUUGACUAUGGUUUUCCAAUAGUGGCAAAGGCUUCGAAUGUAUUUAAAUUACCUCGCACUUUCCAAGGCAUGCAUAUUAAAAACAAACGGAUUUACAAAGGUGGCAUGGAAAACGUGAUGCCAGCUGAAAUGAACUAUUGUGUGAUGGCUCAAAGUGGUGUGAAAGAAAUCGUUUCGAAUUGGGCCGAAAAGUCAAUUGAAGUGUUGAAAAAUGUGCUGAAAACGUCCGGCAAAAUCAAAUUUGAGCAUGUUUCGCAACAUACGAACCCAAUCGAUAAAAAACCACAUUACUUUGGUCGUUUGAUGAUACAAAGGCCAGACAAUCAAAUGGUGAAUGCGGUCAAAUGUCUUUUGGAUAUGAACUGUGCUUGUUUAACCGAAGGAAUAUUCGCCGAAGAAAUCAAAAAGAUUGAAACCAUCGACAGCAAGAAGCAGAAAAACUACAAGGUCGGUGAUCAGUUUUGGGAUACACAGCUCACUCUUACAUCAACAAAGUUAGAUAAUGUGGGUAGCGAAGCCAACCCAGAGCCCUAUGAAGCCGAAAGUGAUGAAAUCAAGGAUAACAUGACCGAAUAUAUGAGCGAUAAUGAAUACUUUGACGAUUCCGUGUCCAUGAUGCAACCGAAAUUGUUGGGUCAUUCGAAUGGUGGUAAAAAUCAACCGCAAACAAAAUGUGAAACACCUGUCAAGGAUGAAGCAAAACCAAAACAAGAAAAUAAGACUUCUACAAAAGGCGGUACAAAUAUAAGCAAUAAUUCAUCGCAACAGACGCCAACCACUGUGGUUCGCCGUAACAUCGAAUAUCGUAACACACCACCUGAUCGUAAUAAGGUGCGCAACGAUCAGCGUCAAUACAAUCAAAGAACGCCGCCACUAUUUCCACAACAGCACCAGCAAUUUCCACAACAGCACCAACAAUUUCCACAACAGCACCAGCAAUUUCCACAACAGCACCAGCACCGUGGUCCAUUUCAUCAACCCAAUUCAAGUCAAGGAAAUUUAUUUAGCCGGCCACCUCUACAAUUCAAUGAACCGCCGUAUCAUACAAUGCCAAAUCAAUUCAAUCGGCAACAAGGCGGAAGAAGACGUCAAGUUCGCAAUAAAAACAGUGGAUCGCGAAGUGAUUCCGGUGAAUUUGCGGCUAGUAUUGGUCAUCGGCCACUCGGUCGCAUAAAUGAAAAUUCUCCAAUAGCAUCUCCGAAUUUUGGUCCAGGGCCAAUGAAAGAUGACAGAUACAGAUUCAGAAACUCGAAUGGCCAACAAAAAACAGACAAAGAAGUGAAAAAUAAUAGCGAACCCAACGUAAACAAUGCCGAACAAAAAAAUCAAGGUAAACCUCGAAAUGAUUAUGUUGCGGGUGCUCCAACGAAGGCAAUGUUGCCGGAACCAUCGAAACAAGUUGAAAACGGAGCCAUAGAAAAAAAUUAAAGCAAAUGGUAGAUUUUACCAGUUAAUAAGUUUUACAGUGUUACUUGAAUUUGACUUAAGAUUUUUAUAUGUUAUAGACGAAAAAACGUAUAUUCGUAUUAUCGUUUUCAAAAAAUAUCAUCCUCAAUAUUGUGCCUGUCCAAAAAUGUCCAGACAAUUCAAUUUUAUAACUAAAAAAUAUGUUAUCAAUACAUUUGCAAUUGCGUACUUUUUUGCUAGAAAUUUCAAAUCAAUGCUAUUACUAUAAUCUAUAUAAAAAAGAUCAAUAAAUGUAUUUUACCAAA